AUGGUUGAAAUCCGCGCUGCAGCCAAAUGCAUGGAGGUGACUCGUCAAUGCCCAGUUGAGGGCACUAUUUACGGUUACGCACCCGAUCUUGUGAUCAGCGUCGAAUUCUGCUUAAUAUUCGGUGUUUGUUCCCUGAUACAGCUCGGCCAGAUGAUCAGAUGGCGCCUAUGGUCUUUUAGUAUUUCUGUGAUUCUCGGUUCUUUAACUGAGGUGAUCGGUAAGUCAAAAUGGACCUCCAUAGGAACGACUCCUGGACUGUUCCGGAGAGAAUUGACAAAACAGAUAGGCUAUUUUGGUCGUAUAUUGCUCCACGAAAACCCAUAUUCAUCUGCCGGCUUUAAGACGCAGAUUUGCACUUUGACACUGGCACCCGCUUUCUGGUCGGCAGCCAUAUACCUGACGCUGAAGCAUGGAGUGAACGUUUUGGGCCAACAAUACUCGACACUGAGGGCGAAGUGGUAUCCCUAUAUCUUUGUCAGCUGCGAUAUCAUUUCGUUGAUUCUCCAAGGCGCUGGCGGCGGCCUUGCAGCGGCAGCUAAGACAUCCAAAGCCAGUGACAUGGGCAGCAAUGUCAUGCUGGCCGGGAUUGUUUGGCAAGUUGUUACCUUGACGGUAUUUGCGGUGAUGUCGGGCUAUUUUCUUCUUUGUAUAAAGAAUGCCCCGAAAGAUAGAUUGACGGUUGAGGCCCGAAAAGUUUGGAACAGUCGCAAUUUUUGGGCAUUCUUUUGGGGUAUCUUUGUGGCGUUUGUGACAACUUAUGUCCGUUGCGUCUAUCGAAUGUGUGCUGUCGCUGUGAUAGCCCUAUGUGUCACGCCUCCUGGGUAUUUCUUCCCGCAAAUGCGUGGAGAUUACAUCGGAUCAAUGAAGGUGAAGGAAGAGAAGAGCUCUAUUUUACUAGAGCCAGAGCGACGACGCAAAUAUCAGGAACCUGUUUGA